AUGUCCACUAUCGGAGAAGUAUACUCGAAAAGAGUUUCGGAUGGCGCUUUGAAAGAAGAUAUACACCAGGUUUGGAUCAAUUCCAUCGACUUGGCCGUUAUUUCCAGGUUGCUUACAGAGAAAAGCAAUAGUUGAGUUUGAGCGGCUUCGGAAAGAUCUUUUGAGUUAUGACCCACCUACAAUAAGCAGCAAUGUACCUUCUUCGAACUUCCUCCGCCUUUUCCGAGAUCCUCCACCAAAAGUAAGGAUUGAAUAAUUGUUCUUUUUUUAAGAUAGCUUUUUAGAAAAUAGUUUCUCCAAAAGGGAUUUAUCUUUGGGGGACCGUUGGUUGUGGGAAAACUAUGCUGAUGGACCUUUUCUACGACUGUUGUCCUUUUGAGAAAAAGAGACGAGUUCACUUCAACGCAUUUAUGCAGGAUGUGCACAAAGGCAUAUGAAUUUGCAUAUAUCCUCUAAAAAAACUGUUUUAGAAAUGCAUAGGCUAAAAAUGAAAAGUUCGGAAGAGCGAGGAAAGUUUGAUCCAGUUCCUCUGCUGGUAGACGAUAUAAUGGAUAACACGAAGUUAUUGUGUUUUGACGAAUUUCAGGUGAAUCCUAAGCGGGGGUUUCAUUGUUUUCGUUGUUUAAGGUGACAGAUAUAGCAGACGCGAUGAUUUUGAAGCGGUUUUUCUCCCUGCUUUUCGACAGAGGCCUUGUCGUCGUGGCCACUUCGAACCGAGCUCCAAAAGAGCUGUACAAAAACGGGCUGCAGCGGCACCAGUUUGUGCCGUUCAUCGACGUCCUCGAGGUGCGACGAGUCGUUCUGAAGCGACGAAAAGGAAGUGCAGGAGAAGUGUCACACGAUGUCGCUCGACUCCGGCAAGGACUACCGUCGCUCCUCCUCCGGCGACGGCUGCGACGUCUUCUUCGUAGACGACGCCGAAGCGCAAUGCGACCGCGUUUUCAAGCAGCUCGUGGCUAAUGAAACCGACAGUUUGUUUCUUUCUUCUACUUUUCACUUUUAACGCCUUGGCAUUUUAUUUUUUCAACUGGGAUGAAACCAUUUUUGUAACUUUUGACCUCGCUGCGGUCCAACUUUUUCAUUGAACUUUUUUUUUCAAUAGUUUGCAAUCAAAAUUUAGGUAAUCUAUCAUCUUAUUUUUUUUGAACUAUCGAAAGGGCUUGAAUUUAUGAAAUUUUGAACGCAUUAAAAAAAAAUUUUUUUUUACUUUAAAAAAAUAGCGAUAUGAUUUCAUUUUGUUAACAAGGUUCAAGCAGUAAGUCUUGUUGUCGUUCAAAAAGAAAAAUAGGACGGCAUUUCUCAAAAAGGGUUUUUUUUCUCGUUGUAAAAAGCGUGACGAACUUAUUCGCCAGCUAUCAAAAAUUUUCAGCGAUCCGGGCAAAAACUUUUGAAAUUCUUGGUCGGAAAGUUGUGGUGGAGAAGUGUUGCGGCGGUGUUGCAGACGUUGAUUUCAAAGAGGUUUCUUAUAAUUUUUUUCUCAAUUAUUUCUGGCCUUUUUAACAUCGAAGGUUUUUUGAGGGUUAGAAUGGAGUUUGAAAUUACAUCUGUUUUUUGUUCACAAUCACUUAUAAAAAAACAUAGAAAUUCGGAUAUUUCUAAAUGAGGCUCACUCUUUUUAGCUGACCAUUUAUUCUUGAACUUUUUUGACUGCAGGUCUGUAUGACUGCAAAAGGCGCCGGUGACUAUCUUGUCCUGGCUCGAGUUUUUCACACAAUCGUCGUUAGGAACGUUCCUGUGAUGAACAUGGACAAAUGGAACGAAAUGCGCCGUUUCAUAACAAUGAUCGACACGUUUUACGACCAAAAAGUGAACUCCGAGUUUCCGACGAAAAUAAAAAAACGUUGAGGUGAGGGUGGUGAUUGGAGCAGCGGCCCCUCUGGACGAUCUUUUUCGAUUUACUGGCCAGAACACCGAAAUGGACGAUUCUCAGCGAAAGCUUAUGGAUGAUUUGGGUGUCAAACACGACACGGUUCGUCUUUUCUCUUAUUUUCGGGCUAUCCAGCUUUUUUUGUCGUCUGAUCUUGGAAAAAUGGGUGCUACAUUUCACGUGGUCUAUCUCCGUUUUUUUUUUCCCAUUUUUAUUUUGAAAUCAUUCUUAUUGUUUGUUCUAUGAUGAGUCAGAAUGAAAAGUUGAUCUAAUUGAACUGUUUCCUAACUCUGCAACUAAUCCAUUUCCAUAAAUAAGAACAAAAAUGGACAAACGCGGAGAUGGGCCACGCGCAAUGUGCAAACACGCACAUUGCACGCCCCAAAUGCGAACUUCCACAUACAGUACACUUAGCAAAAGAAAAACUCGUCUUUUUCAUAGAACCAAAAAAUGAGUUUUACUUCAUCCUACAGCAACUUGAAUGUGCAAAAUGAUUCAAUUGCAGGAGGACUCGAAAGCGAACGUCUUCAGCGGCGACGAAGAAGCUUUCGCCUUUUCGAGAACUAUCUCUCGGCUCUACGAAAUGCGUAGCGACGCCUACAGGAAGCGUCGGCGGCCUUCCGAAUCCCACUCCAUCUGA